CCGGAGACCCGCACGGUCCUCAUACCUUCACAAUGAUUCUUGGCAGAUGCUGCAGAUCACCAUUCAAGCAGGCUCUAUCAGCGACCUCUUUGCGAUCAGCAGCUUUCCAUACUACUCCACCAAGACAACUCAGUUCUAUCCUCGAAGCAACGCACACUCUCAUCACUACAGUCCAUGAAGUUUCUCACACGCCAUGGUACCUUACCAUACCACUCACCACCAUCCUUCUCCGUACAGCCACAACCCUCCCAAUAGCCGUCCGCGUCCGACAACGAACCCAAAAAAUGAUGACCCUAAAACCAAUCAUCAUGUCAUGGCGAGAAACCCUUCGGAGAACGGAGCUAUUGAAGGACCAAGGACGAAGCACGCCAGAGGUGCUGGAAAAGAGGGUGUCGAGACAGUUUUUGAUGAAGAUGUGGCGGAUAUAUUCAAGGAAUGGAUGUAAUCCGCUCAUCACUUUUUUACUGCCACUGGUGCAUAUGCCGUUGUUCAUCGUCACUUCCCUCACACUGCGCGGAAUGGCUGGGUGGCCGACAUGGGGAGGAGGUCCGGAGAUCCUGGAACCAUCACUGGUUACGGAGGGUGCUUUGUGGUUUCCUGAUCUUACCGUGGUUGAUCCGACGAUGGCUUUACCUGUCGCGCUUGGAAUCAUGAGUUUGGCAAACAUAGAGAUCACUGCAGCACUCUACGGGGGUUCGGAAAACCAGAGCAGGUUUAAGAGGAUCUUGACGAAUGCGGCGAGGAUGGCGUCUUUUGCAAUGAUGUGGAUUGCAACGCAGAUGCCGACGACUCUUGUCCUAUACUGGAUCACAUCAACUUUUUUUUCGACAAUCCAGAACUUCGCCUUCCACUACUACCUUCCGAUUGAACGGUCGAAGCCUCUGCCAACUGCAUCUCCAACCACAGUCGCCACCGCUCUGCGCUGACGAAGUGUCGUUUUUUAAGGAAUACGAUUCGACUCGGUUUGUGUCGAGGUUGAUACCAAAGCGUUGCUGGACUUUAGAGGAGAUUGUUUCGGCUGAGGCAUAGCCCAAAAACGUCGCCAUAGCAGACUGCGCAGAUGACGUGAGGGUAAUCUUGUUUAUCACGGAUAGCGGCCCACAAAACUCGUUCAGCGCCUCCUCGUGCGUUGCUGUAAGAACUCUGUCAAUACGGGAAUCGUAGGCUCCCGUGAAUUAAAAUGCGUAACAAGGGUAUUAAUUAUUAGUUAUACGAGAGAGCGUGUGCUAGAAGUCUAAACUAAGAACGUUUUGUUGUACAAAAUUGGG